UCUGCCUUCAUGCGCCGGCCGCCAAUUUAUGGAGGUUUGUAUCUUCAUCGGAGUGUAUCUCACAUGAUUGUAGGCUUAAGCCUUUUAAAUCCAAUGCAAUCUCAUCAUGCGCUAGCGCUUCCGUUUCUUGACACAUGAUUGGAAAUGGAUGUCGAUGUGUUCGCAUUGCCGAAUCAUGGCGAUCGUUUCGACGAGGAGUAGAUGAACGCAAGAGAGGAGCGAGCGAGCGUCCCUAGGUAGGACCUGUCAGAGAGCGCUUACAACAUGUUGUCAUUACCCGCUUUAGACAAUGAUUUUGUCAUUGUCGUGCUGACAGCAGUUCUAGUUCUACUUGAAGGAUCUGCUGUUCGUUUCGUUUCCGCUAAAAAGCAACAAGGACAAAUCAUCCAAACUGGCCGGCCCGUGCUCUCGAUGGCGUUGUCGUUUUCGCUUACAAGUAUGGACCUCUUGCGCCUUUCAUUUCGAAUGGUAGAAAGUUAGAAGACAUAGACGACUUCGAAUCGCGAAGAAUAUAAUUAUCGCGGCAACGAGAUGAUAAUGAAUGGGACAUGAUGUCACCCACUUUCCCGGCCAGCUAUUGCGACUACGACACGUGAUUGAGAUUUGAGUGUGGAUUCAACGUACUUUAUCAUCUUUCAUGCGGCAAAUUUCCUCGUAAUUCUGAUCUCCAUUACCAUGUCUUCCUCCCCCAGUGGUGGGUCGGCGGCGGGCAAGAGUAAGAUCUCACUUGCCGAGCAACUGGAUCGUAGAAAGGAGACCUUCAAGUUGAGCGCGGAUCACGAGAAGCAGUGCCAGGCCCUGUUUAAGAGGUACGACCAUCUCCAACUCGAUCUCCUGGAUCGAGGCGCAUUCCGAGAAGCCUUCGCAGAGCUUUGUGCCGAGUCAAACGCUGCAGGAGCUGAUAGUGGGUACUAACUUAAGUAAAGUGCAAUCCUGGACUUCUUGAGGACCUUUAAUAGACCCCCGGCGUAGCCCUUUUAUGUAGAGCGAUGUUCUGAAUGCAACCUCCUGAAUCCGCAGUAUCUUGUUUUCGCAUCCACAUGGUCAGUCUGAAUGAACCUGUCUGACUUUUCAAUCAAUGGAACGAACUGCAGGCGACCACCUGGGUCACCCGGUUCUGCGGACGAAGAUGGCUUUGCCAAAACUGUGUUUGACACGUGCAGUAUCAAGCUUGCAAUCUUUCGAGCAGUGUGAGCAUGAAGCUUGCUUGCGUAAAAAUUCCAAAUUCAAAGAGCUGGGUAAAUCGAUUCCAUUUUUUCCUUUUGGUUUUCUGUAUCCGUGCAUGAGAUUUGCAUUCCGCCCGCAACGAACUUCUGUUUCUCCAGAAAGAACUGAGAAUUAUUGUCCUGUUGCGAUGAGGAAGAUGACAUGACGAGUUACCUCACAUUGCAUCAUGAUCCUCGUCUGAGGACCACGUCUUCAUUUUCUCUGACUACGCAACAAGCUCUUUUCAGUCCGAUACGACGCGGUGACCAGAACUAUCUGACCCUGAAGGAAUUCCAGCAAGUUUUCUGUCUGGUAAAAAGACAAGAGAUAUUGGACGAAGUGUUGCCCACAAAAAGGGCGGGCUCAAAACCGAAAAAGUAGUAUUGCUUUGCAUAAGAACUAGAGAACACAUAAACAUGUUGCUUGACUGCACUUACAGUGUGGAUCUGGAUACGGAGAGCCGCGUUUGCAUGAGGAAAUUCAAU